GAAAACAUCCAUCGCUUCGACCCGUCAGCAAGAUGGACAUGGCGCGAGGAGCGAGCACUGAUCCGCAAAGUCGACUUCAAAAUCAUGCUCUGGACCUGCCUCAUGUUCUGCGCCCUGGAGAUGGACAGAGCCAACAUUCGACAGGCUGUCACGGACGACCUGCUGCCUGAGCUUGGACUGACCACCAACGACUACAACCUCGGCAAUUCGCUCUUUGCCUUUUCGUUUCUGUGUGCCGAGGUUCCAUCGCAGUUGAUCAGCAAGUACCUGGGUUGUGAUAUCUGGAUACCGCUGCAGAUGGUGCUCUGGUCGCUGGUGGCGUCAAGUCAGUUUACGUUGAGCGGAAGGUUUGGGUAUCUGGCGUCGAGGGUGUUGUUGGGGAUGCUCCAGGGAGGGUUUAUACCGACUGUGGUGCUUUACCUGUCGUAUUUUUACAAGGCGAACGAGCUGACGAUACGGAUGGGGUUCUUUUGGACAUCGAUGGUGUUUGCGGAUAUUUUUGCGGCGCUGUCAGCUUUUGGGUUGUUGCAUAUGCGUGGUGUUGGGGGAUAUUCGGGGUGGAGGUGGCUCUUUUUGAUCGAGGUGAGUGUUGAGUCAUGUGGAAUUCCCCUACAACUAAUUACCCGUACUGACUCUCGGGUCCAGGGAAUGGUGACACUUGUCUUUGGAAUCCUGUCCUUUGGUCUCAUGCCGGCUGGCCCGACGCAGACUGCUGGUUGGCUCAGGGGUGAAAAGGGGUGGUUUACACCGAGGUAUGUUCUUCCAGUAGAUAAUGGUCUCGAGAUAACCGCUAACAAAAGAAAAAAAAAAAGGGAGGAAGUUAUCCUCGUUAAUCGUAUUAUCCGUGACGACCCUUCUAAGGGAGGCAUGCACAACCGGGAACCAGUAUCCCCAAGGCUCCUCCUGAAGAGUCUGCUUGAUUUUGACUUGUGGCCGAUAUAUCUGAUUGGUCUCUUCAAUCAUGUACCCUAUGCCACGCCAACCAGCUAUCUGACGUUGUCGCUCAAAGGGAUGGGGUUCUCGACAUUCCAAACGAAUCUGCUGGUGAUUCCGUCGCAGGUGCUCCAUAUCGUAAACAUGAUAAUCCUGACCUAUGUCAGUGAAUUCACUGGUCAAAUGUCACUGAUUGCCAUCAUACCUCAGUUUUGGGCAAUCCCCUUCCUGGUCUUUUUACGGUUCGUAGACACCACCACAGUGUCCAAAUGGACGGUCUGGUUGGUCAUGACCUUCUUCCUGGGAUCACCAUAUUCGCACCCCAUCCAGGUCGGAUGGAUCUCUCGCAAUUCCAACACAGUCCGCAGUCGUGCUGUGGGCAGUGCUGUGUACAACAUGUGCGUCCAGGGCGGCAGUAUUAUCGGGGCUAAUAUCUACCGCGAAGACGAUGCGCCACACUACACUCGCGGCAACACGGUACUGCUGUCGAUACUGGCCUUCAAUAUCGUUCUCUAUUUAUCAACCAAGGCAUACUAUGUAUGGCGGAACCGAAGCCGAGAGGAGGUCUGGAAUGCCAUGUCAGAGAGUGAGCGGGAGAAGUACCUGGCAGAAAACUGGGAUGCCGGAAACAAGCGGUUAGAUUUCAGAUUUGCAUCUUAA